AUUUUCACGUACUUCUAAAUUAACCCUACCGGUUCAACUUAUUUUCUUGACACUUUACUCCGGUCAUGUGGACGGGAACCGCCGCCAACACUGCCUCGGCCGCCACCAACACCGCCAGUGGUAAGACCAAGAAACAUAGUAGCGGACAACAGAAGAAAGAAGAAUUAGAAAGAGAGGUGUCGACGCUUCAGAAAAUGCUAGAUCAUGAAGAAAAAGUCGGGGAGCUUCUUAAGCGCACAUAUCAACAACAAGACCAUUCUGCUCUUCAUAUUCCAAAAUCCCUUCCUCCUAAGAUGAAGGAGUUAUUGACUGAACUAGCCAUGGUUGAGAAUGAAAUAACAAGACUAGAAAGCCAAAUCAGUCAUCUACAAACUGAUUUAGACAAAGAGAAAGAAGUUACAAGAGAAUCUAAAAUGAAACAAGCGCAAUUUCGUCAAAUUCCUGAUGGAUCUUUAGCCCCAACGACACCAUUACCGUUACCAAAAAAUAGAGGAUAUGGUGACAAAGUGUCGUUUGAGACCAAGGCGUUGCACUUCAUUAGUAAAGCUAUAAAGGGUGAUUAUAAUCUUAGAGACUCCAAUUUACAAGAGAAAUCAAGAACAAAAAAUGUUACUUUCUUUGAACAAAAAGAAAAUCGUGACAAUAGCGGGGAACUCGGGCUUCGUGACCGAACCCCGAGAAGAAGUGGCAUUCUAAAACCACCCUCACCUGCAAGAGAUACAAGACAUGUUAUUACUCCUAAGAGAGAGCGCAAUGUAGCCGCGUCUUUGGAUCCGGCUUCAAGCCAAUCUGAAGAAGAGAAUAUUGCAAAGUGGUCACCAAACAAGCUUUCAGAAAACAUCAUGAAAUGUUUGAUCUUCAUUUUCACUCGCCUUCUGAGGAUGUCAAGAACGCUUGAGCUAGAGAAAUCAGGACCAGUUUCUCGAUCAGCCACCUUUUCGAUGAGCUUUAGGGCUGAACCAUGCUUGAACUCAAAGGCUAGCCUGUUGCCUCAAAAGGAGUCUAGGCAACAAGACCCUUAUGGGAUCUUUAACCAAGAAGAUUCCAUUCCUAGAGACAUUGGUUGCUACAAGAAUUUGGUUAAGUUCACAUCCAGUUCUUUGGACCCUAAAUGCAUUUCAAGUUCAACAUACAUUCCUUUGCUACAAAAGCUGAGGGCUUACUUGAAUGGGCUGCAAAAGGUGGAUUUGAUGUUUUUGACUUCACAACAAAAACUUGCAUUCUGGAUCAACAUGUACAAUGCUUGUAUCAUGCAUGGUUUUCUUCAGUAUGGAGUUCCUUCUAGUCCCGAGAAGCUACAUACACUAAUGAACAAGGCAACCCUAAAGAUCGGAGGCAACACGAUAAAUGCCCAAGCUAUAGAACACAUUAUAUUGAGAAAGCGCGAACCCUCAAUCAUAGACAAGAUCUAUGGCAAGGCAGAAAGAGAUGAUAAAGAAGCAAUACUUCACAAACUUCAUGGACUCGACUCGACAGAACCCAAUGUGACAUUCGCAUUAUGUUGUGGCACGCGCUCUUCUCCCGCGAUAAGAGUGUACACAGGUGAUGGGGUUGUGAAUGAGUUGGAAAGAGCAAAGCUAGAGUACCUACAAGCUUCAAUUGUUGUAACAAGUGCAAAGAAAAUUGGUCUCCCAGAACUUUUGCUUAGAAACAUGCAUGAUUUUGCUCAAGAUUUGGAAAGAUUGGUGGAAUGGUUGUGCCAAGAAUUUCCUACUUCUGGUUCCUUAAGGAAAUCAAUGGUGGAAUGUUUUAGAGGAGUCAAUAAUGCAAAAGGUUCAUCCAUUGUAGAGAAGAUACCAUAUGAAUUUGAGUUCCAAUAUUUGUUGCCAAUGUAGGCAUUUGAAAAUUCCUAUGUAUAUUUUUGUGUAUAUAAGUAAUAAAUCAAAUAUAAUAAGACCGGAUGUAUCAUCUCAUUUUUUGAUAUAUUAUAUUUCAAGAAUGUUUUAUUUA